AUGCCUCCCAAAGCCGCUGAGAAGAAGCCUAGCACUGGUGGCAAGGCCCCUGCUGGCAAGGCCCCCGCCGAGAAGAAGGAAGCUGGAAAGAAGACUGCUGCCGCUGCCUCUGGAGAUAAGAAGAAGCGUGGAAAGACCAGGAAAGAAACCUACUCUUCCUAUAUUUACAAAGUGCUUAAGCAAGUGCACCCUGACACUGGUAUCUCCACUCGUGCCAUGUCCAUCCUGAACUCUUUCGUCAAUGAUAUCUUCGAGCGUGUUGCUACCGAAGCCUCCAAGCUUGCUGCUUACAAUAAGAAGUCCACCAUCUCAUCCCGGGAGAUCCAGACCUCUGUGAGACUGAUCCUUCCUGGUGAAUUGGCCAAGCACGCUGUCUCUGAAGGCACUAAGGCUGUUACGAAGUAUUCUUCCUCUGCCAAAUAG